AUGGAGAGACCUCUCCCAAAUCGCCCGUUCGCGAGCUAUCAAGUCAUCUACAAAGAUCGCAAGACGGCAUUCCUAUUGAAGCCCACUCUGGCGCCAUCCUCAUACCAUGGCCGACGCCCCAUUGCAAAGAUCCUGCGAGGGCUCACUGUGGGAUUGCCCGUUGUCCGAGGCUUUGAUCGGCGCUCCUGGAAUCGGCACCACAACCCUCAAAAGACCGCUGUAGUAGCAGAAGAAGCACCUGCGGUUGAUGCCCAAGAUGAAGAAGUCACGACGGAUUGUCUUGCUUGCACAGCAGAGAAGGACCGUGGACAAAUCACAGACCUUGUAUUGGUUGCCCAUGGUAUCGGCCAAAAAAUUGCAGAGAGGGUAGAAAGUUAUCAUUUCACGCAUGCUAUCAAUAGCUUCCGGCGAGCUGUCAACAUUGAGCUUGGCAACCCGAUGAUCAAAAAUGUUCUUCGCGCAGAUCAGAAUGGCUUCAUGAUACUGCCACUGAACUGGAGAGUUGGGCUAUCGUUUGAUAGCCCUGAUGAGGCACAAAAAGGGGCCGAGGAUAUGGUUGGGGCUUUUGAUUUGAAAGACAUCGAGCCCAACACUAUACCGGCGAUCCGAAGCAUGAUUUCCGACGUUAUGUUUGACAUUCCAUUUUACAUGUCCCACCACAAGAGCAAAAUGAUCACGGCCUUAGUUCGCGAAGCUAACCGCGUCUAUAGACUAUGGUGUCGAAAUAACCCGGGAUUCUCUGAUAGAGGCAGAGUUCACUUGAUUGCGCAUUCUCUGGGUAGUGUUAUGGCGGUCGAUAUUCUAUCUCGGCAGCCCACCAACGUUCCGAGACUGAAUUUCGCCAUGCCAACGGAUCGAGGUGGCCAACAUUUUGAAUUCAACACAACGAACCUGUUCUUGGCAGGUAGCCCGGCUGGAUUUUUUUUACUGCUAGAAAAAGGCACGCUUAUCCCUCGCCGCGGUCGGCGAAAACCAGGUGCCGACAACGGCGAUAUCACCGCAAAGGACGUGGUCGGGGAAGCCGGAACAUUUGGCUGCUUAGCGGUAGACAACGUGUACAACAUCCUGGCUAAGGAGGACCCGAUUGCUUACUUGUUGACCGGAGCAGUGGACCCCUCAUAUGCAUCCAGCCUUAAAGUUGCCUAUGUACCAAGUGUGCAACCAUCGUUGAUGAGUACUGUUCGAGAUGCCAUCAGGCAGGUAAUCCCGGGCUUGACGCCGGAGCCAGAUCCGCUUGCUGUCGAACCUGAACGACCAACGACAGCUCGCAUGCCCUCUCAACUGGAGCUAGAGAUUCACAAUUUUACAAGAGAAGAGAUCGUGGAGAAGAAGGCAUACCUGCUCAAUGAUAACGGCCAGAUCGAUUGCGCGCACACAAGUUACUGGACAAACCAGGACUUCAUUCGAUUGGUGUGUUUGGAGAUUGGUCGCAAGCCAGGACGCAGCCACACAUUCCCAGCCAUGAGAGCGAUCAAAAACACGAAGCAGGAUGGUAAGAAGUAG